UUGUCCAUGUCUUCACCCUUAUCAUCCUCCAUGGAAAUCCUUAAAGCGAAGCUGUUUGGUUCGACAGAAAACAAGAGAGGUGAUUCAGACAAUAACAGUGGCAGACGGGAGCUCCAGAUCACUGUUUUGGAUGCAGAAAAAAUACAUUUAAACACGAGAUUAAAUGAAGAAUUAACUCAUGAAUCAGACACUUCAAAAUCCUUGGACGAACUGGCGAUUCUGUCUUGUUCAAGCCCGGUAGGCGAACUCGAUGCAGCUGCACUUCGAGUGCAGAAAGUUUACAGAAGCUACCAGACUAGAAGAAGCCUUGCAGAUUGUGCUGUUGUUGUUGAGGAGCUCUGGUGGAAGGCAUUAGAUCUUGCAGCUCCAUCACUUGACAAUGAGGGGCCAGAAAGCGCGGUUUCGAGAUGGUCUCGGGCUAGGACUAAGGCAGCUAAGGUUGGAAAGGGUCUGUCCAAGGAUGAGAAAGCUCAAAUACUAGCCCUUAGACACUGGCUUGAAGCUAUCGAUCCACGCCACCGAUAUGGUCACAACCUGCACCUGUACUAUGAUGUCUGGUUCAAUAGCCAGAGCUCACAACCUUUCUUUUACUGGUUGGAUGUUGGAGAUGGAAAGGAAACAAAUCUCGAAAAUUGCCAGAGGACUGUUCUCCAGCAUCAGUGCAUCAAAUAUUUGGGACCAAGAGAAAGACGAUCGUACGAAGUGAUCAUCGAUGGCGGGAGGCUUGUCUACAGACAAACUGGGGUUCUUGUGGACACCAUGGAGGGUUCAAAGUGGAUCUUUGUGCUCAGCACAUCCAGAAACCUGUAUGUUGGGCAGAAGAAGAAAGGCCUUUUCCAGCACUCCAGUUUCCUCGCAGGAGGCGCCGCCACAGCAGCGGGGAGAUUGGUUGCCCGCAAUGGCCUUCUUCAGGCUGUAUGGCCCUAUAGUGGCCACUACUGCCCAACAGAAGAGAACUUCAUGGAUUUCAUUAGUUUCCUAGAGGAGCACAAUGUGGACAUGAGCAAUGUCAAGAGAUGUGCCAUGGAUGAAGACGUCCCAUCAGGGCUUUCAGCUAAAUCGACAGCAGAGCCCGAGCAGGGCAAGCGCGCGUCGUCGACGACUUGGACAACGGGAGCUGGUCCUAGGAUAGGGUGUGUGAGAGAGUACCCUGUGGAGCUGCAACUGCAGGCCUUAGAACAGAUGAAUCUGUCGCCUCGGGAUCGGAGCAGGCCAACAGGGCUGUUUCCAUCCACCACCACCACCACCAGUCUUCCAAUCCCUUCACCAAGGCCUAGUCCAAGAGUGCACCUUUCCCCCAGGCUUGCUCACAUGGGACUACUCCCCAGCCCAAGGCUGCUGGUGAGCUCUCAGAGGCAAGUUAAGAGCAGCUCCGAAUUGAGCUGGUUAGAACGAUGGAUGGCAGCCAAGCCAUGGGAAAGUAGGUUAAUGGAAGAAAUGAAAACAGAUACAUCAGAGGCUACUCCUCCUACUACAUCCAAGAAACAUUUAGAUUAUAUCAGCGGUUCUCGCUCUAGUUUUUCUGAGAUAGACUCUUUGAAGGUUAAUAAGCACAGUAAUGUUUCAACCAGGGUAUUUGUUAAUCCUCAAUUAAGUGCUCAAUUUACUCGAUCAUCAUCUGAUCCAUGUUCUGAACUUUUCCAUGAUGAGAGCACAACGUCCGGUUCUUCCACGUCCAACUCUGAAAGUACUCCCAGUUCCAGCAACAUCCAAAUGGAAGGAAAUUCUUAUAUUAAUGGACCAAAGUCACCAAAUUACAUGAAUCUCACACAAUCCAUCAAGGCCAAGCAAAGGGUUAUGCAGCAUCAUCAUUCAUCUCAUAGCAUGCUGGCACAGGCCAUACAGAGAACUCGGUUUCCUGGGAAAACAAUUCGUCUUCCUGUUGGUGAUACGUGGAGCAAUGCUGGAUCUGGAUCUGAUCUUUACCCUCCAGUGGCAUUUUGGUAGACAUGACUGGAUGAAAUGUGAAUUGAGCUUAGCAAGUUGACUAUAUGAUGAUAUAUAGAAAGUUGUCUACCUUUUGACAUUUUCAACAGCUUGUUGCUCCUGAUAAGGUUUAGUUUUCUUUCAAGACCUAGAUAGCUUGUCAUGGGGUAUAGAUCAGUUGGAUACAGUUGAUUGACACAUGGAUUUCUACAACUGUGGUGCUUGUAUGUAUAUUUCAUGUUCUCAUAUUGAUAACCUGAAGAAUAAUGGUACGGAUUAGAUAUUUUCUGAUCUUUAUAUAGAAUGUUAAGUGUCGAAUGGUUGUUCUGUGGGUAAUAUGUGUAAUUAGCCCAUCUUUUGUGUUGAUGAUUGGUGAGACUUUUUUCUUCUUUUCGUGGAUU